CAGCAAGAUGCUUUCUCCCCCACAAGCAGCAGGAUUGGCAGCAUUUACAAGAUAUUUUCCACCCUCCUGCUUCCACCCUCCACACCUGACUGCACAGGGCUGACUUCAGUAAGCUACGUGUUGACUCUGCUGAAGGACUCUGACAUUUUCAGUUGGAUGAAGGCCUCGAAAAAGACAAAAUCACUCAGCAACCCUGCAGCUUCAAAGCUUCAGAAGGAUGGAUACCAUCUCCCAUCCCAUGAUGCCCUGUCACAGAUCCUACCAAAUUACCGCCAACUUUUCAGAGGAGAGAAGACUGAUCUCCACAGAGCAGCACAACAAGAGCCAGACACACCAGUUGAGAGGCCGGAGGCCACGCAGUCCGACAAACCCAACAUGAACCACACAUAUCAAGUACAUCAUCCUCAUAAACGACCCCCACUGCAUGACUUUGAGGAUGAUCCCCACAUGGCAGAGAUCACCAACCUUCAAACUAAGGAGAUGGAAAAUUAUCGUUCAGCCAUGAGUAAGAUGGCAGAAGACAUCAUAGCACUGAGGACACAGGUGGUGACGUUGGAAGGAGAAAACAGCCAGCUCCGCAUCAAUAUGUCUCUGCACCAGGACCUUGGCCGAGACCUGCUGGACGACACAGACAUAGACGUCAUGACCAAGGCUGAGAUUGCUGACCGUAUAGCCUCUCUGAAAUUCAAGCUGGCCAGUGAGACCAGUAAGGCUGCCUCACAAAGGGACAGGAUCCAACAAUUGCAGAAUGACCUAAUCAAGAAGAAUGACAGUGAAAAGGAGCUACUGACACUUCAGAGAGUUCAGCAGCAGCAGGAGGAGUAUUUGCAACGCCACCAGAGUCGCUUGGCAAAGACUGCAACAUUGGAGGCCACAGUGAAACAGCAGGAAAAGGUCAUUGAGAAGAUGGAGAAAGCAUUAGAGAGAAAACUAGGAGAAAAUAAACAGAGUGGUGACAAGAGGCUGGCGGUGAAAAAGCAAAGAGGUGAGACUGACCGCAUGAAAGAAGAGAUAGAGUCAGCCCUGGUAGCAGAAAACAUUCGUCUCAGAGAAGAGCUGGACAGGAUUCGACGUCAGCCUGCCCCUGUCAUGAUACAACCAUCAGCACAGGCAAAAGACCCACUGCCACUCAAGGAGAGGCUGAGUUUACUGAACAAACUGGAGAAGGCUGAGGCAAGAGUCCAAACACUGGAGGCUCAGCUAAAGGAGAACUCUAGUUUAUGGGGGAGACAGAAACAAGAAAUGUUGACCAAACUGAGUGAGCACAGGCACGGCUUCGUCCGAACAUCCACCACAAUCCUCCAUAAUCUUCCUUCGAGGUCUGUAUCAGAUUCAUUGUAUCAGAAAACCAGACACAGGAAGCAGAAGCCUGUAAAAUGAAUUAAUGAGACAUACACAUGCAGACACACAAGGAGAGACAUCUUUGAUAUAAUGUUCAAAAUAAGGUAUUUUCAUUUAAUAAAUAUAUUCAAAUG